AGAUGAUAUUUAAAGUGGGCAUCAGAAAAGGUUAUUACAAUGUGUGUGUAGGAAACAUUUUCUCAAAAUAUAUGAGCAUCUCUAAUUUUUCUUUAUUUGAUCAUUUAAAGGUCCAGAAGAAAGUAAACUGAAAUUGGAUUGGCCUACGAGACACAAGAUCUGCAUUGGGAUAGCAAGAGGUUUAGCUUUCCUCCACGCAUAAUCUAGAUUGAAGAUUGUUCAUAGAGACAUCAAAGCUACUAAUGUUUUACUCGAUGAAAAUCUUAACCCCAAGAUAUCUGACUUUGGCAUGGCCAAGCUUAAUGAAGAGGACACUCACAUCAGCACACGAAUUGCUGGAACUAUAGGAUAUAUGGCACCAGAGUAUGCCAUGAGAGGUUACCUGACUGUUAAAGUGGAUGUUUACAGCUUCGGGGUAGUUGCCUUGGAAAUUGUCAGUGGGAAGAGCAACACCAACUUCAGGCGAAAGGAGGAAUGUGUUUACCUUCUAGACUGGGCCCUCUUUCUGAAUGAAAGAGGAAACUUAAUGGAAUUAGUGGAUGAAAAGUUGGGUUUGGAAUUCAAAAAGGAAGAGCUGUUGGGGGUGCUAAAUGUGGCUUUGCUAUUCACUAAUGCAUCUCCAACUCUUAGACCUACCAUGUCAGUUGUGGUAAGCAUGCUUGAAGGCUGAGCUGCAGUUCGGGAGUUUGUUCCAGAUUCAAGUAUCUCUAGUGAAGAUAUGAGAUUCAAGGCUAUCAGGAAUCAUUGUCAAAAUGGCCAAGAUCAGAGCAUAACUGAGAGCCUCACCCAUAGUACAUCUAUAGAUGGACCAUGGACUGGGUCUUCCACAUCUGUUCCUGAUCUUUACCCAGUCAAUCCAGACUCCCAAUACUAGAAUGACAGAAAUAGCCUACUAUAAACUCUCUGGU